GAAAUGACGGUAGCAAACACAGACAAAACGUCCGACAAGGAGAACGAUCCUGGUCCCCAUACAUCGAAGUCCACCACAGCCACGUCCUCUCCUGCAGCUGCCCAGGAUGUGGGCGGAUGUGCUGAGAGCAGUGGAGGCACGCCGAACCUUAAGUUCCAGUCCUAUGUAAAUGGCAACGGCUACGGAGUGUACAAGAUCAUCAAGACACUUGGAAAGGGCAACUUCGCCAAAGUCAAGCUGGCGAUUCAUCUGCCCACCGGUCGCGAAGUGGCCAUCAAGUUGAUCGAUAAAACUACAUUGAAUACGAUUGCACGGCAGAAGUUGCACCGUGAAGUCAGGAUCAUGAAAAUGCUGAACCAUCCGAACAUUGUGCGCCUCUUUCAAGUUAUCGAGUCGGAAAGGACCCUCUACUUGGUCAUGGAGUACGUCAGCGGUGGAGAGCUCUUCGAUCAUCUGUUAAAAAACGGAAGGAUGCCAGAGCGGGAUGCCAGGGUGCUCUUCCGCCAGUUGGUGUCUGCCAUUGAAUACUGCCAUAGCAAGUCCAUUGUGCACCGCGACCUUAAGGCGGAGAACUUGUUGUUGGACCAGCAUAUGAAAAUGAAGAUCGCUGAUUUCGGGUUCAGCACCACCUUUGACCCCAAAACCCAACUGGAGACGUUCUGUGGAAGUCCACCGUAUGCAGCUCCUGAACUCUUCAGAGGCAAGAAAUACUCUGGACCGGAGGUGGACUCGUGGUCACUGGGAGUGGUGCUCUACACCUUGGUGAGUGGUUCCCUACCCUUCGAUGGGAUGAAUCUGAAGGAGCUACGCGAUCGAGUUCUUCGGGGCAAGUACCGUGUUCCCUACUACGUAUCCAUUGAGUGCGAUAAUCUGAUUAGGAAGUUCCUCGUUCUGAGUCCCACGAAACGUACUACUUUAUCGGCAGUCAUGGCGGAUAGGUGGAUUAACAUGGGUUACGAGGAAGGGAAUAAAUUGAGGCCCUUUCAGGAGAAACCUAUGGAUCUACAGGACAUAUAUCGGUUGGAUUUGCUGUCCAACAUGGGUCACAAACUGCGUGAUGUAGAGCAGUCGCUGAAGAACCAGCAGUUCGACGACAUCUAUUGCACCUAUAUGCUCCUUGACAUAGCUAAACCGCGCUCUACAACCUCCAGCGAUAAAUCGGCAGCUUCCUUUGGGGAUGCUCCCACACUUAAUCCAGUCAGCAGUCGGAUUCGUGUCUCUGUACCUUCCCCCAAUGUUACCGUUAGCCAAGUGACCUUUGCACCGGACAAACAUACACCGAAUAAGCCUGGCGCCGCUUCCAUCCGUCCCAUGGCUCCACGUUUGGCCAAUGCCCUCACUCCGCCACCCUCGGAACCGCUUUCAAAAUUCAUCUGCCGCACUGCCACAAAGGCCGCCAAUCCAAGACGUUCCGAGCCGUCCACUUUCCCACAACCCGAACUGCCCAAGAAAGGAGUCGCUGCCUCAGUGGAUGUGAAGCCAACUCUACUGAGUGCCCAACGAAAGUUGGCUGUAAACCAAAAGCUGACCAGCACCGCACACCACAUUCGGAAUUCCGGUCCGCAGACCCCGAAUCAAGUUCCAGGAGCCACCAGAAGACUCCCACCCCCGACUCAUUUCGAAAAGGUGGACGCGAAAAGCACUCCCCUAAAGGUGCUUAAAUUGCCAUCCAACUUCCAGACUCCUCCAUCCGCCGACGACACAAAACGCAACUCGCGAGUGGGCUUCUUCUCAAAGCUGUCCGCACGCUUUGUUCGCAAGUCAGUCCACAAGGACGAAAAGGACAUCGAUGAGCAGCGCAGGAACCUCACCAAAUAGGCAAGGGGUUCAGCGCAUCCCAAAAGGAUUCCUUCCUGCAUAGAUAAUCGCAAGUGAUAUAGAUAGCAGCCCUGCCCGAAUGGACGAUCGACCUUAUGUCUUAAUGGUAUUUUAAUUAAAAUGACUUAAAUUUAGUAUUACAAAUAAAUGUUGAUGGAUAUGUGUUUGCGCUAA